CCUUGGGAGUGGGACUUUAUUGAAAGACAAGCCAAGAACCACUGGACCACCUGAGCCCCAUAGGAUGGAACCUGCUAUUAACAUCUAAACAGAUACUCCUGUCCAAACUAAGGGGCGAAGGGCUUGGAAAGUAGAAAAUGCUAGGUCUGAGCAAAGCGAGAGGAGAGAACAAGGCCAGCAACACACAGAGCUCUGUGUAUUCAGAGGGAAGUUGGCAGGGUUGUGCUCGGGCAGAGAAACUCCGAGUGGUACAAAGGGACGUGCCCGGAGUGGAGAAAUCAUGCUAAUUGUCUGCACCAGAGCUGGAGAACGCCACCCAAAAUGAAGAGAGAAAGGGGAGCCCUGUCAAGAGCCUCCAGGGCUCUGCGCCUCUCUCCUUUUGUCUACCUGCUUCUCAUCCAGCCAGCGACCUGCAGCUGGCGGAUGAGGGAACCUAUGAAGUGGAGAUUUCCAUCACUGACGACACCUUCACCGGGGAGAAGACCAUCAACCUCACCGUGGAUGUGCCCAUUUCAAGGCCGCAGGUAUUAGUGGCUUCAACCACUGUGCUGGAGCUCAGUGAGGCCUUCACCCUCAACUGCUCCCAUGAGAAUGGCACCAAGCCUAGCUACACGUGGCUGAAGGAUGGCAAACCCCUCCUCAAUGACUCCCGAAUGCUCCUGUCCCCUGACCAAAAGGUGCUCACCAUCACCCGAGUACUCAUGGAAGAUGACGACCUGUACAGCUGUGUGGUGGAGAACCCCAUCAGCCAGGUCCGCAGCCUGCCUGUCAAGAUCACUGUGUAUAGAAGAAGCUCCCUCUAUAUCAUCUUGUCUACAGGAGGCAUCUUCCUCCUUGUGACCCUGGUGACAGUUUGUGCCUGCUGGAAACCCUCAAAAAAGUCUAGGAAGAAGAGGAAGUUGGAGAAGCAAAACUCCUUGGAAUACAUGGAUCAGAAUGAUGACCGCCUAAAAUCAGAAGCAGAUACCCUACCCCGAAGUGGAGAACAGGAGCGGAAGAACCCAAUGGCACUCUAUAUCCUGAAGGAUAAGGAUUCCUCAGAGCCAGAUGAAAACCCUGCUACAGAGCCACGGAGCACCACAGAACCCGGUCCCCCUGGCUACUCCGUGUCGCCGCCCGUGCCCGGCCGCUCUCCGGGGCUUCCCAUCCGCUCAGCCCGCCGCUACCCGCGCUCCCCAGCACGUUCCCCUGCCACUGGCCGGACGCACACGUCGCCACCGCGGGCCCCGAGCUCGCCAGGCCGCUCGCGCAGCUCUUCGCGCUCACUGCGGACUGCAGGCGUGCAGAGAAUCCGGGAGCAGGACGAGUCAGGGCAGGUGGAGAUCAGUGCCUGAGCCUCCUCGAGAGCCCUCUGCGGUUGCCCACGGUCUGCUGUCCGCGGCUGGGGGGGGAGGCUGAGAAGUCCUGAUGCCUCUGGCCAGGAGUGAAAGGAGAUCGUGGCCUGAUCCCCGUUUAGGGUGCACACGCGUGUGAGUUUGCACAAAUGGCUGAUCUUGGUGUUAAACCCGGUUGCAUGUGCGCUGGGUUUACUGGCUGUGUUCUCUGGCUGUGUUCUCAGUGGGUAUGAGCUGUGCCCUCUUAGGACUACAUAGAUUAUUAAAUUUCUGGCCCAAUCCCCUAAAGGAUUUUAUGGAAACUAACAGUAAUUUUACCCAGUGAGACGAUCCUAUGCGCCCCCUGGCAGUGUUUAUACUUCCCAUCCACCUCCCAAUCCCACAUGCCUCUAACCCCUAAAGUCUGUGGUAGCCCCCCCCCCAGCCCAAUUUAGAGGCCACUUACCCCCGAACACACAUUGUCCUAAAACUAAAGACAAGUCUGAUGCUGGUUCCUGGGUACACAGGGCCUGUUCUGAUUACAAAGAUGUCGUCUUAAGGACCUUUUCUGGACAUCUGCUUCCCCAUCUUUCCAGGUGAUAAGAGUGAACCCCAGGUGCAUUCCUAAGACCCUGGGAACUUGGGGCUAGGCCAGGACAAGCUAUCAGGCCUCCAGUGGCCUCCCCAAAAGUGUGUCAUACUGGUCUUCCUUCCAGUUUGCGUUCAUGAGAAUGUGGGUAGGCUUGUUCCUAUAGAGACUGGUGUGGCCACUCACCGACGACCCAGCAAACUGCCCCUGACAAGGACCUGGUUUUAACCAUUCAUGCUCUUCUUCCUGACUGUUAUUUUACAAAACAAGCUUUCAAUCAUCCCCAGGAAGGCUGAGAAGCUUCCUUGAGCUGUAAGAAAAAAAUAAGAUUCCACUCUCCAGAGAAACGUGGAAAGAGAAAGAAGCUUAACAUGCCCCAACAUGUCAAAGCAAGAUGGCCAACCCCCUCGCCUCCUGCUUUCCACCUGCCGUGGUCCUAGAUGCUCAGAACCCAGGACAGUGGACAGAGCUGUAAAAACAGCACAUGAAUAGAUGAAAGACAAGAAGACCCGGGGCGGGGGGUGGGGGUGGGUGGGUUCUGUCCUCUCUCCCCUAAUGUCCCCAGGGACCCUUGAAUCUCUUGUCCCUCCUCGACUCGUACAACUUCAUCUUUUCUUCUGCAUCAUCUCAUGAACAACUUCCAAGACCCCAUAUCCAUCACCUCCACACCAGAACACACUUCACCCCGGCCCUGCAGGCACCAAGAUUUCUGGUUUGCCUGUGUCCCCUCACCCCACCAGCAUGACUCUCAGUCCCCCCAUCCUGAUGGCCUUCUACCUGCUCACGUGGCAGGUGUGUCUGCAGCUCUCCUUACUUAGCCAGAACCCACAAUCCACUAACCUCCCCAGGUGCCUCAUCCACCAUAAAAUAGUACUUGUAGGCGAUAGUGCAGGCAGGUUAGGAGAAGCAAGACUUGGAAGACUACCUGUUGCUCAGCCUUGAGAUACAGGGGUGAGGGGUAGGGUGAGAUGAGAGCAUGCCACACCCUGGUGCUGAAUCCCGGCCGGGCUGGCUUCUCAGACUCAAGCCAAAUUUGCCUUAAAUUUGGAUUAAGUAAAGAAGUGGGGUUUUUUUGUUUUUUGUUUUUUUAAUUUUGUUUUGCUUUGUUUUGAUCUUCAUCUUUGUAUUCACUUAGCAUCUAGCAGAGUGCAUAGCACAACCUGGAUGCUCAAUAAACUUUUGAUGAAACGAAA